GCCAAAACCAUGGGAUGGUGGGGCUGCCCCAGGCAGGGCUGAGUGACAUUCGUGGGACUGAGGGUUGUCUGGGACCGUGGGAAAGGUUAUGGUCCUUCCAACAGUGAGAGAGUGGCCAAAAUUCAGCACAUCCGGCAAGGUUCCUUCGCUUCAGGGCCAGCCUGAAGGUUCCUGUAGAGGUCUGCCAGGGGCAAAGGAGACAACACCAGAGCUGACCAGCUCCAUCCAGCAGCUUCAGCAGGAGACAGAGGCCUUGCAGCCCAAGGGUGCUGGAGCCACAUUACCAUUGGUGCUGGAGCCACAAUAUGGGGAGCCCAGAGCAUGCCAGGACACACAGCAGCAAGAUCUGGACCCAACUCAGGUGCUGGCCACAAUACAGGCAUUGCAGCUGGACCUGGACUUCUGCAGGGGCACAAACCACAAACGACUGGUCCAGCUGCAGGAGCAGGAGUGUGCAGUGGAGCAGGAGCAGCAGGACUUGGUCAUUCUGAUGCAGCAGUUCCAGGCACUGAUGGGCAAGGUCAGUGAUGCACCCCUCCACCUGAAGGACCAGGCGGUGCAGACAGAGAUCACCUCCUACCUGGCUGCCCAGAGCCAUUUUGACACCAGUCACGAUAUCCCAGAGGAGCACAGAGAGCUGCUCAAGGUCAGCAGCCAGCAGCCUCCCAGCCACUGCACCAAGCCUAGGGCAAGCAGACAGGGGGGCACAGGAGCCAUGAUAACCAUGCUGCAGGGCUGA